GCCCGAACUAAAAGCCUGAUUUAUUCAAAAUGUAUCUCACGUUUCGAACAUCUGCUUUUGAAGCGAAACUGUUUUUGAAUACAAUUUGGAAACUCCAAAAAAGGCAGCAGGAUUAAUUCCUGCUGUUAAUCUAUACCGCUCCUAUAAUUUUGGUUAUCGCACGUCAGUUCCGCAUCGUGGGUACUUAUCAACACAUUUUACUUGGAAAUAUUGGUUUCAGGGUGAUAAGCGUAUUAUUGAAAGUCUAGCUAACUCGCAAAUAUGGAGGCAAGCAAACGUUUUCCAAGGAAGAAAACCAUGGCUGCGACAAAUGAAAAAAUGACAAACGAGACUCGCAACUUCAGGAAAGUUGCUCGUCAAGUCAUGUUGGCAAAUAUGUUUACGAGAAGGAAACUAAACGUACAAUCGCAAACGUUUGCCAAAAAGGCAGCUGGCCGCGGGGAGCGGUUAGCUACAAUGAAAACACAGCGAAAACACGGUGGACCCAUACUUGAACUGAAACCGCCGCUUAAAAGACGAGGAACUCCUGAACUGUUUCCGAUGUCGGAUGAAAUGAAACAAACUGUGAUUUCGCUAGGAAAAAUGGAUCUCCUACCAAGUAAAGAAAGGCAAAAAAGCCCGGAAGAAGCGUUGAUGGAAAAAUCCCGAAAGGGCAGUAAAUUUCGCGAUAAAACUCGGCAAAGGAUAGUUCAUCCGCAAAGGUUUAUUCGUAACAUUCGAUCUUCUAUCAAUAAUUCAGAAAAAAAUAUUGAAAACGGCGUUCAUCGCGAAGAAAUAAUUAGCGAAGAGGACAUUAAUGACUACGAAGACAGCCAGGAGAACAAAAAGCGAGAGAAUUGCAAUCAUAAAGUCAGGAAUGAUGUCUUACCAACAACAAAAUUAGUCUACAACGAUCUAUCACGUCCACUAUCUACCGAAUCUCACCCAAACGCAAAACUGUCCGAGAAAAGUCAAUAUUUUCCUUCAGUUAGGCGUACAUUGUGCUUGUCUGGCUACAGUGAUCUAGGACCCAGAUUAUCAACAAGAGCGGUAAGACGAACUAGAAGUCAAGGAACAUGGCCAAUUAACAAUGCUUUUCCCGACUUAAGAGUUUCUUUUAAUGGGCAACACUAUUUUCCCACGACAAGGCAAAAUAAGAACAAUGCUUGGAUAACAGGCAGCGCUAUUUCGAGAUCUACAGAUGAAAGUGUUAAAAACGAACCCCAAAUAGUCAAUACCAGGCGCUGGAAAAGCGUCGAAAAUUUAACAAGAGAAAUUGAAGAAAAAUGUUUAUCUUGGCUCGAGACUCGGUAUGGUAUGAAUCAAUGACGAUCGCAGUUAAACUAAAUAUCAUAAAAAUAGAUUUAAACAAGCAAACGUUUUUCAACGUUAUAAUAACUGCAAAUUAUAGAUCUACCAAGUUCUUGCGGCUGGAAAAAACAUUGCUAUUGUAAAAUAAUGCAAAUUUACUACGGUUUGAUACCAUAUCUUGCCAUAAUACAAUUAUAUCAUCUACUCCAACAUCAUGAAUUAC